AUGUCUGGAAACGGGGGCGGCGCUGAUGGCCCAGGUGGGCAGUUGGAGGAGGAGGUUAAGAGGGAGACAUCUUCAGAUCUCAACUUGACACCUGAACUUCAAAUGAACUUGACGUUGACCAGAGACGGUGACGGUGCCGGGGAUGGUAGUGUUCCCACCCUUGCUGGCACAGAAAAUCAAGGCAUGGAUGCAGAAAACGAUGGUGGCGAAGACACAGUCGACCACGGCCAUGGCGACGGUGAUGGCGACGGCGGGCCAAGGCGUGAAGUAGAGGAAGAUGAGGAAGAAGCGGCAGAAGACCAGCACGAGGUACGGUGCACUCAGGGCAACCCUGAUCAGCAUUUAUCAGACGAGGCCCAGGCCCUGGAGGACUGGGUGUCCUCAGAGACAUCGGCCCUGCCGCGUCCUCGCUGGAAUGUCCUCACUGCUCUUCGAGAUCGGCAGCUGGGUUCCAGUUCCCGCUUUGUUUACGAGGCCUGCGGGGCACGGGUGUUUGUGCAGCGUUUCUGCCUGCAGUAUGGCCUGGAAGGCCACAGCGGUUGUGUCAAUAGUGUUCACUUUAACCAACGUGGCACCCGACUGGCCACCAGCAGUGAUGACUUAACGGUGAUAGUUUGGGAUUGGGUGCAUCAGCAGCCAGUACUGGACUUUGAGAGUGAUCACAGAAAUAAUGUCUUUCAGGCCAAGUUCCUUCCCAACUGUGGCGAUUCCACCCUGGCCACGUGUGCCCGUGAUGGGCAGGUACGGGUGGCACAGCUGCUUGCUCUGCCACACAACAGGGUUUCUAAGCGGGUGGCCCAACAUAGAGGAGCGAGCCACAAGCUGGCGCUGGAGCCAGACUCCCCUUUUAAGUUCCUAACCUCAGGGGAAGAUGCUGUUGUUUUUGCCAUUGAUCUCAGACAAGACCGCCCAGCUUCCAAAGUGGUCGUAACAAAGGAGAAUGCGAGGAAAGUGGGACUGUAUUCGAUCUUUGUGAAUCCCGCCAAUACUUACCAGUUUGCUGUGGGUGGAAUGGACCAGUUUGUAAGAAUUUAUGACCAGAGGAAAAUUGAUGAGAGUGUGAAUAAUGGCGUGCUCAAGAAGUUCUGCCCUCAUCACCUGGCCAACUGUGAUGGCAAAGUAAACAUCACCUGCCUGGUGUACAGCCAUGAUGGCACAGAGCUCCUGGCCAGUUACACCGAUGAAGAUAUUUACCUGUUCCACACCUCUAGCUGUGAUGGGGCCCAGUAUGUUAAGAAAUACAAGGGGCACAGAAAUAAUGCCACAGUCAAAGGUGUCAAUUUCUAUGGCCCCAGAAGUGAGUUUGUGGUGAGCGGUAGUGAUGGCGGGCACAUCUUCCUGUGGGAGAAAUCAUCCUGUCAGGUCGUUCAGCUCCUGGAGGGGGGUGACAGGGCAGGAACUGUCAACUGUGUUGAGCCCCACCCUUACCUCCCCGUGAUGGCAACCAGUGGCCUAGACCAUGAUGCCAAGAUCUGGGCACCCACUGCUAAAGAUGCCACCCAGCUACUCGGGUUAAAGGAUUUGAUUAAGAAGAACAAGCAGGAACGAGAUACAGAGGGGCUGGGCCACUCUGAUGUGUUUGACACCAACCUGCUUUCCUUCCUCAUGCAUCACCUGACAUACAGAAAUUAUCGCCGACAUGUUACUCCCCGGGUUCCCAACCCAGUAGGACUUGGGGAAGCAGAGUCAGACGAGUCUUCCAGUUCCUCAGUCGUAUCUGAGGAUGAGGGCGAGGACGAAGAAUACCAAGACCAGGGACAGUACCAAGGACGUAUGCAGUGCCUCCCAUCCUGA